AUGGCAAACAUCCCUGCCAGUCUACGAUCUGCCGAUAUUGGGCGAUUUGUCUUACGCGCGGCCCAAAUCGAGAAGGUCAAGCCAGUCAUUGCUUACUGGUGCAACUUCUACAUUGUGAACCAAAUCAUUGAGAGAGGGCUACAUGUCUCUGAUGACGAAACCAAAUUAUACACCACAGACCUGGUGGAUAAACUCGAACAAUUCAAAACCGAUAACCCGGACAAUGAAACAGUUACCGAUGUCAUCGCAGCGAGCGCAUAUGUGGAGCAGUUUGGAUUGGAGGUCUUUAAUCGUGCCGAAGCAGCUAUGACUGCCAACAAGGUCACUAAACAGACAGGCGAUACUUUUCAAGCUGCAGCAACUUUCCUCGAGCUGUGCGAAAACUGGGGAGAGUUAGAUCCGGAAAUCGCCGGGCGCAUCAAAUUUGCGAAAUACCAUGCAAUCCGCAUUGCAAAAGCGAUCAAAGCCGGCGAAGAUCCGAAUGCAACAAACCCAGCUCCAAAGGAAGAAGAGGAGGGUGAAGCUCAGAUUGAAAGCUCAGAUAUACAGGCCUUUGAUGAAUCAGUGGCAGAGCAGGCCUCUAAGCCCAGACAAGCAUCUGUUGAGGAAGUUCCUGACGAGGCCGACCGUCUUGGACGACAUAUGGCUCAUCAAUCUUCACUGGACGAAUCCUUACAUCCAUCCCGAACAUCUUCAUUGCCUCCUUCUGGCGCUCCACUAGAAAUCCCCUCUGUCCCUCUCAAUGCACCUGGCUCUCCUCCACAGAGGAUGGAUAUCGACCACUCUGGAGGCCUGGAGCUUCCUUCUACCCCAGGCACAAUUGGGAACUCAUCCUCUAUUCCUCAGCUACCUGAUACACCUGGAUUCACCAAAUCUUCGACAAGUCCUCCAACCAACACCUUUCAAUCUUUCCCUCCGCCACCCUCAAACCUAUCUAGCGCCAGUCCUGAUCCCGCCUCAUUCUACGAUACAUCAACCGCUAGUGCACACAUUCCCGCCCCUGCAGCGGCAGCAGCGUCCCCUGCACCGUCAUCAUUCGCUCCUGCUCCUGUACCUUCAGUGCCUUCUACCUCAAGCCAGCCAUCUCAUUCAGUAGAUGAUAAUUCUAUCGCUCUUGCUCAAAAACAUGCCCGAUGGGCCGUAUCUGCACUGACAUUUGACGAUGUCAACACUGCGAUCAAAGAAUUGAAGAAUUCUUUGCGUUACCUUGGCUUCCAUCGUGACUUCUCAUCUCGUCCCAUCUCACUUCUCAUCCGUCCUAUCACCUUCACGUCCGAUUAUUCCUCCUCUCUCUUUACGUCCGAACCCCCCUCCAUCUCCAACCAUCUCUCCAAUCGUCUCCCCAACUAUCUCUCGAACCAUCUUUCGAGCCCCCUCUUGAAUCCUCUCUUGAACCCUCUCCUGAACCCUUUCUUCAACAUGGCACCCACACGCCAUGAAAACAAAACCAAGCACCUCACAAACCUGGUGAGCAGCGGUGCCUUGACCAGCACCAGCGACCUGGAAGUCUUUCGUGACUUUUUUGACAUCAAGACUGAGCACUGGCAUGAGUUUUGCCAGCAGCUCACCAAGAAAAUUGAGAACCGUCCCUCCUGGAUUGAGCUCCAAGAUGAUCUCCACCGACUCACCUGUGCCAAGGUCUUCCUCAAGGAUCACGGCCACCAGUAUUGGGGCAAUGAAGAGAACCGGGCCAAGUAUCUUCUCGAGGAUCGAGUGAUGCAUGAUGAUUGCUGUUUCUUCCCCGAGAAUGAGCAAGCCCUGGAGAAGGGUCUGGCUGUACUGAUCCAGAGGAUGGCAGAAGCCCAUAAUAAUGUCCGGAUUACGACUCAUUUUAUGACUAGCGCGACCCAGCAGGAUGGUUCCGAUGCAUCGACUAAUGCAGCAACGAGUGACAAGUCCACUCCAAAUGAACUGGCAGGAACGAAGAAUCAUGAAUUCCCGAACAUCGCCUCCCAGAAUGAUGAUUCCCAUACUGCGGAUAACAUUGUUGCAAACUCCAGCCCUGUUCGCCGAGUCCAGAUGAUUGCCAAUCAUUUCCAGGUCAAGAAGACCUGCAGCCCGCCGGAUGCCGUUCGUGUUCUGUUCCAGACUAUCAGUUCCCCUGAUACGAUCAAGCAGUUCGCUGAGAAGUGCAUGUCAACCCAAGUGACUCCUCAUGGAAUUGAUUUCUAUGUUUUGGCUCCGAAUCACCGUCAGUAUGCUAUUAUCAGUAUCCCUUGGUCAGCCGAUAAGCAUCAUCUCUUCAACUGUCUGAACGAUAAUGAUUUUGUUGCACUGAUGAUCCUCGUGAACCAUGCGUGGGCUAUGCAAGAGAAGCUGGGUGUAUUUGAAAUGUCGAUUCCUGCAACCCUGAACUAA